UCAUGGUGAUUUUGCAACUUUCUAGCCGGCUGAGCCUGGCUUUACGCUGGCAACACUCGAAAGCUGGUACGGAGAGGACUUCGCAUUUGCUUCGCUGCAGAAAAAUGGCUCCCCGUCCACGUAGCGCUCAGGCAUUGGAUAACAGACGUUCGAGAGGUAUUCAAUCCUCUUCGGAAGUGUCAGAGGUUCCUAAAGCUGAGCGCAGAGAAGCAGCUGCGGGUAGUUCUCAUAACUCCACUGGGAGCUGUCACAGAAUAACAUCCAAAAUACGCACAGCCUUUGAGCAUCGGCAAUACUACAGCGCAAUAUUCCACGAUGUAUCUCAAGCAAUCUUAUGUCUCUCGAGGUGCCCAGGCCGAGCAACAACACAGCUAGCCAGUAACCUCCUCGUAGUAGAGAGGUGGCUAUGUAAAUGGCGUAUUAAAAUAAAUGAACAAAAAUGUAAACACAUACCUUUACUCUCAAAAGACAUUCAUUUAUACCCGCUCGACGCGAGGAGCAGGCUGGAGUCGAACUGCAAAUUUGCAGCUUAAGGGGCUGCAUAACUACCCAGACUGGAUAUUCAGGUGGUGAUCAAACACAUCAAAGGCUUAAAAUUUGAUUGACUAACAGAAAAAUAAGGCUCAAAGGCUUAAAGUUUGAUUGAGUAACAGAAAAAUAAGAAUAUGAAUGUUCAGAGAACACUAAGUUUUAUAUGCAUCAUGUUGCACCCUUGUUAAUAAAAUGUAUAAAAUUA